AUGAAUGCUCCGCUCUUCUGCCUGGUGCUGGCUUCACUGCUGCUAGCUCCGGCUCACGGCGUAGACCCUCCUGCCUUCAAGAAUUUCAAGAAAAUGCACACAUACAACGACCGAAACAGGCCUUUUGACUGCACCCAGGUGAUGAACAACGUCCAGAUGCAUUUGACCUACUGUAAACCCUGUAACAACGUCAUCCUGGGAUACACCACCGACAUAACGCCUUUGAACGAUGUCAUUAACAUCUGCAACGGACAGGGAACCCAACAGGGUCACAACAAUUUCCGGAGCAACACAAACUUCCGUACGGUGAAGUGCCGUCUGCAAAACCGCAACGCCGUCCCCCCUCACUGUAUUUAUACCGGGACAAUCCAGUCAAGUCGGAUCACCGUGGGCUGCAGCCAAUAUCUGCCUGUGCAUUUUGAAACCUGCUAA